GAAAAUAAAAAUAGAGCAUCCUCCCUUCCUCCAUCGUCUUCUUCCCCCUUCUCUUUCUUGCUCCAGGGGAAAGGAAAACAAAAGCCGACAUCCCUCUGCCCGUCUGCCGCCAAGGGAAGAGAGGAGAUUGCAGGAGGGGCGCGAGUCACGAGCCAUGGACGCUUCAGCUCUCAACGACCCGAGGUUUCAGGCGCUCUUAGAGGAGGAGAAGAAAAAGGCCAUGAUGAAUGAGAUGAUAGCGAAGCUGACUGACACUUGCUGGGACAGAUGCAUCACCGGAAGCAUCGGGAGCAGCUUCAGCAACAGCGAAACCUCUUGCCUGUCCAACUGCGCAAAACGCUUUAUUGAUGUUAAGAUGCUCACCAUGCAACGAGCAAACAGCAGUAGCUAGGACCAGAAUAGGUCUCCUGCCUGCCGCAUCUGAAUAUGGAGUCCAAUAAAGUUGAUGCAAACCACCUAUCUUUCUCCGCAACAUUAAUGAUUUUGUUACUUCUUUUGCUGUUGGACCGUAGUUAGUGUGACGGUUGCCAGAAAUUUGUAGAUGGUGAUUAAAAUGUUACUGCUACUAUGUUUUCACUUUGAUAUGGGCAGAUGCUACGGCGUGAUUAGAUUUGAGCAA